UAUCCAGAUGCCGCGGAGCCGAGCGUCCAUCGCGGGCCCCGCCCCCGCGCUGCCGCCGCCCGCCCGCCUGCAGGCGUCCUCCGUGCGCCGCCGCCACUCUCACUGCGUGGCCUGGCCCGCCCCCAGCCCCGCCCCGAGCCCCGCCCCGCGACCCGCCCCCAGCCCCGCGCACAUCUACAGCACGCGCAGGGCGUCCUUCAGCCGGGGGCAGCUGCUGGCCGGGCUGCACGCCACGCACGCGGGGAGGUACGCGUCGGACCUGGCCUACAGCAGCGGCCUGGUGUACGGCUCCACCCCGUACGGAUCCACCCCGUACGGCUCCACCCCGUACGGUGCCACCCCGUACGGCACGGCCGGGAGCAGCGACGACUGCUACGUGAGCGACGCCAGCGACGAGUACACAGACGGCCCCGCGGACGGCCCUGCGGACGGUCCGGGCAACGCAGUGGUGGCGGCAGCAGCAGCGGCGGCGGCUGCAGCAGCAGCAGCGACCGGCGCGCCGCGCAGGGACGCCGUCGUGGACGGCUUCACGGACGCGGACCUCAUGUACGCGCAGCUCGCCUCCUCGCUGUACGGCGAGACCCCCUACGGAUACUGCGGCUCGGGCGCGGCCGCCGGGCUGCCGGGCUACGACUGCAGCCGCUUCCAGCUCACCAACUACGGCCACCUCAAGAUCGACUACUCGUGCAGCUGGCGGUCGCUGGACGCCUACAUCGCCCACAGCUGAGCGCAGUGCAGCCUCUCGUCCCCGUUGACGAGGGUCGCGGAGCACUGCGGGACAAGAAGCGCGCGCCGGCGGUGGCACCGGUGACCGCGAGCACCGCGAGCGAACUGUUUUGGAGGAUCCGGGCCGCUCACUGCAUGACCCCCGUCGUGGCCCUCGACACGGCGUGCGGUCCGGGGCAGGGGAGGGGGAUGAGGUGUGGUGACUCCCAGGAUCGACUUGACUUAAUGAAAUCGUGCGGUACGCGGAGAAACGUGUCGCUCCUUUUUUUUCACGACCUUUGUCUUCAUAAUUACUGUGUAUUGUGAUCCCGAAAAAGAAAACAAGCCGCGGGCUGUAACCGGAAAUCGGCAACCAACACCAACGGUUGUUAUUAUUAUUGAAAAAUGAGCACCAAGAGCGUAGUGUUCUCCGGCCCGGCCGAGGACCCGAGCAGCGGCGACCCGCGCAAGGGAGGGCAACACCACCACUCAUCUCAGAUCAAUCUCGCGAUGCUGGUCGGGGGUCGGCCGCGGCCCCACCACGCUCCGCCACGCCCCGCUGGACCAUGAAAACACGGCGCGGUGAGCGGUGGGAAAGUUGUAAGAGAAGGACGGACUAAUUAGCUGACAGGUCCUGCACUCGUGAAAAAGAGGAGGGGGGGGAGGAGACAUGUUCUGGUGGGUAUUGUUAUCACAGAAGUAUCGAAAUGGAUUAAGAGGGAGAUUGAUGAUCACUGCCUAUGUGUAUAUAUCCGGUAAAUAUACUAGAUGAAAUGA